AUGCCCUCAAACAAACCAUCUUCAAUCUUCCCUUUACAUCACAAACCAACAACACCAUUAAAACCUUCAAGCAGUACCAACACCACAAACCAAGCAUGCGCAGCAUGCAAAUACCAACGCAGGAAAUGCGCUCCUGAUUGUCUUCUCGCUCCUUAUUUCCCUCACGACCGUCAUCGCCAAUUCCUCAACGCGCAUAGGCUCUUUGGCGUAAGCAACAUCACAAAGAUCAUCAAAGACCUUAGCCCUCCUGAGAAAGACGCGGCUAUGCAUACAAUCAUGUUUCAGUCUGAUGCUCGUGCCAAUGAUCCCAUCGAAGGUUGCUAUAGCAUCAUAAGAAAGCUUCAGUACGAGAUUCAAUGUAAUAAAAACGAAUUGGAUAUGGUUCUUCAGCAACUAGCUUUGUUCCGUGACCGUGCUAAUAACCAUCAUCAUCAUUAUCAAGAACCGCAUAUACAGAUCCAAGAACCUGAGGAUCUCUCGAGUACUUGUGACCUAAACAACAACAACGUGAUUCCUUACACUUACCAGCUUCAUCAUGUCCAAGAACCAAAUCAACAACAAUAUUGUUCCCCCGGAAACUUUAAUGGGUUACAAGAAGACAUGUGGUGUCUUCAACUUCAAGAUUCAUCAACGACGGUGAAUAUGAAGGGUGGCUUCAUUGAUGAAUGUGAAGACGUUAAGCCUGUAGAAGAAGUAUCUAACGAGUUCGAGCAUCAUGAUGGUUACGUUGAAGACAGUAAACUCGACUUGCCUUCCGCACAAUUCAUUGUUUCUUCUUAG